AUGGUCUGCCUGUGGCGUCUUGAGGAAUUGAAAAGGCUACACAGAUCCCGGCCGGCAACCAACCUGGAUGUGGGUCACUAUGGGGUGAAUGAACAUGGCAUUUUGCGCAGCAGCAGCAGCUUGCAUAGUGAUGUCCACUGCUUUCAGCCUCGCAAGCAAGCAGGCAAUGUUAGCGCCAACCCACCUCUAGUUCUUUCUCGUCAAUCAAUAUCUCGUGCCUUUGGAACCGCCACUUUACAUACUGGGUGGGCUUACCAUGUUUUUGUCCAGAAGUUUAACUUUACGGAAACCUUCAUGCAGCAAGCAAGCAAGCAUGCAGGAUACGUACCGUAUAUUGAUAUUGAUAGAGACGUUUUGAGCAUAUUUAGCAGGCUCAUAAGAUGA